AUCUAGGUCCAUAUAUACACGGGACGAUGGAGUCCAAUUUAAGUUCAGAAUCCGUUAUUACGUGGCUACAUUUUGUCACAGCCGGGACGGCGGUCAUCAUUGGGUACUUGGUGUGGACUUACACUUUCUUCAUUAGAAAUGGAAUUCCUGGACCACUGUCCAUGCCAUUAGUCACAACCAUCAAAAGAUCACGAGAGGCAAGCUACCGCUGCGAUGAAAAGUGGAUACGGAAGUAUGGUAAAGUUGUGGGGUUUAUCAGUGCGUUUGGACCUACCCUCCUCAUAUCAGAUCUGAAGAUCCUAAGACAGAUACUUGGCCCGGAUUUCAAGAACUUCCACAAUCGGCCGAUUGGAGGUAUCUCUCAGAGUAAACGACUACACAGUAUGCUGAUCACACUGAGAGACGAAAAAUGGAAGAACAUGCGAAGUGUUAUCUCACCUGCCUUCACAUCCUCCAAAAUCAGAAAGAUGGGUGCGAUACUAAAUGAGUGUGCAGAGGAACUCCUAUUAAAGAUGGUGAAGCAGAACGUUAAGGAAAAUCAGCCUGUGGAAAUCAGACAGUUAUUUGGUACGUACACCAUUGGAUGCAUUGCCUCGGCUGGUUUUGGACUACAGCUGAAUGCACAACCUGAUGAAGGAGUAACUAUCGAUGAGUUCAUAAAAAACGCCACAGAAUUCUUCUCUAGAAUGAAGUCCAAAAAGUGGCUGCUCUUCGAAACAUUUGGAACUUUCAUACCGAGGUUUGUCAAGCUUUAUUUUGAUCUCAAUUUGGUGCCCCAAGCCAGCGAAAACUUCUUGUAUCAGAUGUCAGAAGCACUCCUGAAAAAACGAGAGGAAGGGAAAGUGCAGGGACAUAUUGUGGACUUUAUGCAGUUGCUGAUAAAUGCCCAUGAACUUGAAGAUGAUGAUGUCUCUACAGGUGAAAGGUCAUUGUCUCCCGGGCCUGGAUCUAAAAAGACCAAGCUUGCCAUGGAUGAUGUGGUUUCUCAGUGUGUGAUGUUCCUGUUGGCUGGAUACGAGACUACAUUGGCAUGCCUAGUCUUCACCACCUACCUGCUAGCCAUUCAUCCUGACAUCCAAGACAAGGUGUGUGCAGAAAUACAAGAGGUCCUUCACGAAGCGAAGGCUACACGUGUGACCCUUGACCUAGCCAACAAGAUGCCUUAUUUGGGCAUGGUCAUAAAUGAGUCAUUGCGGUUGUAUCCACCAGUUACCAGGUUGGUCAGAAUAUGUAACAGAGACACUAAUGUACAAGGUCUACACAUUAAGCAAGGCACAAGAAUCAUUGCACCAUUGUGGGCCAUCCAACGGGAUCCCGACCUCUGGCCUGACCCUUUGACCUUUAACCCUGAUAGAUUUUCUCCAGAGUCCCAGGGCUCUACCAAUAUGGAUGCCUUUCUCUCGUUUGGUGUUGGUCCUCGAGCGUGUCUCGGCACUCGGUUUGCUUUAAUGGAAGUCAAGAUUGCCUUAGUACGACUCCUUGCAGAAUUCAAGAUUGAAGUGACUAAGGAAACUCCGGCCACUUUGGAGCUUAGCAAGGGUCUCUUCUUAGCCACAAGCCAUCCUCUUCCCUUGAAAUUUGUGCAACGUGCUUAAGAGAAGCUAGCCUAUACACUGAGUCACACAUGACAAUUUACAGUUGUCAUUAACAGGUUAUUGUGAAAUUACAUUUCAACUAUAUUCCUCAUUUCAGUUGCCAGCCAACAUGAAAAAUCAAACUAAGCAAUUGCAAAUCAAAAGAUCUACAAGAACAAGCAAUACAAUAGUUUAAAGAUGCUAUGUCAGAUUUUUUGCCCCAAAUAUUAAAAAAUAGAUUUUUUUGAGUGAAUGGUAUUUCAAAG